AUGAUGAUGAAGGUGAUGGUAGCCAUUGAUGAGAGUGAUUGCAGUAACUAUGCUCUGAAAUGGACGGUUGAUAAUCUUCGUGAUUCACUAAUCCAAUCCCACCUGAUUAUUUUCACUGUCCAGCCCCUCUCGGAUUACGCCUAUAUCCAUGCCUCUUCCUUUGGUCUAACUCGUAAUAUAAACGCCGAGACAACAACUGAAGUUGGGGAUCCUAAAGAUGCCAUAUGCGAAGCUGUGGAGAAGCAAAAUAUUGAUUUACUAGUGAUUGGAAGCCACAAUCAAGGGGCUCUCAAAAGGGCAAUUCUGGGGAGUGUGAGCAACUACUGCGUCCACAAUGCCAAGUGCCAGGUUCUAAUUGUCCCGAAUAUUGCCUAGGAUCAACUCUUACUU